CCAGUCUCUCGCUCCAAAAGAAACCUCAUCCGGCGCAAGCAGAACCUGAUUGGUUCUCUAAAGCAACGAGCGACACGAUGGCUUCCGCUACGCACACAAAGGACCGCGAUGCUGAGCCCAGAGUCGAGGGUGAGCAGCGCAGCACAAAGAGCACCGUCCUCGAGACGGGCGCUGCCAUGACGCAGGACUUCUCGCCCCUGCAGAACGUGUGCGCGCACCUCAACGCCUUCCACGUCUACGCGUCCGACCCCAGGCGCUUCGUCGAGACGAACCACUACUGCGGCCACCUGACCGAGGACGUGUGGCAGUGCCUGCUGUACGACAGUCCCUCGCCGGGGGCGCGCCUGAUUGGCGUCGAGUACAUGAUCAGGCCGCACCUGUACGAGAGCCUGCCGCAGGAGGAGCGCCGCCUCUGGCACAGCCACGUCUUCGAGGUCAAGUCGGGCAUGCUGGUCAUGCCCCGGCCCUCCUCCGCUCUGGUGCCCCAGGCGCUCUGGGAGAAGGCCGAGACGGCCGAGAUGGGGGAGGUCGUGCAGCUGUACGGCAAGGUCUACCACCUCUGGCAGGUCGACCGUGGUGACAAGCUGCCGCUGGGCGAGCCGCAGCUCAUGACGAGCCUUAGCGCCGCCGACCAGCUGCCCGGCCUGGAAGCUGUCCUGGACGAGCGGGAUAAGCGGUUCCCGGGAUGCGACUGGCGGAGGAAACGGGAGAUUAGGAAGGACAUCAAAGAGCCACAGAUACAUCCCGACGCCGACUAUACGUGGAAGAAGAAGGCAUGAAGGGCCAAGGGAAUCGGAAUGGUUUUGGGGCAGAGGGUGCCGUCAUGGGCCGGAAUUCACAUGCAAAUCUUGUAUCUCUUUUUCGAUGCCUAUCUAUCUCUCCACCG